AUUUUAUACCGAAACGGGAUCACAUUACUGCGUGAUCUCUCUUCGAUGAAAUGGCGUGCACGAUUUGUUCGACGUGGGCAAAAAGCGUUACGUUACUUUUGGAAGACUUCGCCCAUAGUUCCGUUAUUCAUAAGAGCACGCGGAAUUUAACUGAAAGGUUGCAUGGCGCGGCUCUUCUCGUGACGCAGCAGCGGUAGCAAAUGGAGAGGUGUGAGGAGGAGCGUUCAUAUUACGUAGCCUCUCUCGUCCCCGCUCUCCGCCAGCCUCGCCGUAUUAAUAGCCUUUCAUAGUUUGCAUCAUCCAUGGCAUGGGGGAAAGUUGAGAUCAGAUCCGCCAUGGAUUCGAGCUGUACCACUCCUCCCAAGCUCUCCCUGUACUCGGUCCCCGGCAAGCGGAUGAAGCCACUUGGCACGGCGACGCCGCCGCCCCGGGUUCUGGUAUCCGUGCCCUUCAUGUGGGAAGAAGCUCCGGGGAAGCCCAGGAAGCAGCCGACUCCGGGUGGGCAUGGCAUGAUGCCCGGCGGCGCCCGGAGUUUAGACCUGCCCCCGAGAAUGGUGGCGGCGAUGGUAGAGGCCAAGUCCAAUAAAACGCUUUCGCCCACCACGGCUCUCGACGGCCCAGAGCAUGCGACCCGUCCCGUCCCACUCGGCUCGUGCUACUCCUUUUCGUUCGGAGAGGGAAGGACUGUUGUUACCGUAGGAGGUAAGAAGAAGGGAGUGGUUUGGUUUCGGGGGAGAAAAAGUGGGAGGAAGAUGAUGAGGGAUGGAACCUGGGAGAUGAGCGUGGAGGGGUUGGAAGAGAAGGAUGUCACUUGCCCUUCCAUGUCUUCUUCUCCUUCUCGCAAAAAACAUGGUGGAGAGUACGAGGAGGAUGGGAAUGUGGAGGAGGGAAGGAUAAGGAUCACACGGCUGAGGAGGAACAGAAGCCUCGCAAACGUUUCCACCUCUCACAUAUGGGCAAGCAUUUAUGGCAGCCUGAAGCUGGUGGUGCCGCUGCCAUGGCGAAGGGACCGCAGAGCUUAAGUUCUCAAGAACGAUCGACGACGUGCAACACCAUUCGUGGGAGGAAGCCAGCCGUCGGCGGUCAUCUUCGACUUCGUACCAGUGCGUCGCAGUAAUCAGAUUAGAAGAAACACCAUUUGAGUCACGCAUUCUGAUAAUAAUAGUACAACAUGGCAAUAUCUUUCUUUA